CGUGCGUGCGCGCGACCGCCGGGCCUCCCGCGUCCGGGGCUCCGGGAGCCUCUCCCUCCUGGACGACGGGUGCGGCCGCCAAAGCUGUGCUGUGUGCGUGUGCGCGCGCGCGCGCGCGCCGGGCCACGUGGGAGCGGCGCGGCGCCGUUGCCCCGCCCUCCCCCGGCGCGCGCCGGCGUCGUCUGCGUCUCCGGGCAUUUGAAUUGCGCUUCCGCCAUCUUUCUAGCCCUCAGUCAGACGGGCGCGGAGACGCUUCUGGAAGUAACAUCACGAUGGCUGCCCAAGGAGAGCCCCAAGUUCAGUUCAAACUUGUAUUGGUUGGUGAUGGUGGUACUGGGAAAACUACAUUCGUGAAACGUCAUCUGACUGGUGAAUUUGAGAAGAAGUAUGUAGCUACCUUGGGUGUUGAGGUCCAUCCCCUUGUGUUCCAUACCAACAGAGGACCUAUUAAGUUCAAUGUAUGGGAUACGGCUGGUCAGGAGAAAUUUGGUGGACUGAGAGAUGGCUAUUAUAUCCAAGCUCAGUGUGCCAUUAUAAUGUUUGAUGUAACAUCGAGAGUUACUUACAAGAACGUACCUAACUGGCAUAGAGAUCUGGUACGAGUGUGUGAAAACAUCCCCAUUGUGUUGUGUGGCAACAAAGUGGAUAUUAAGGACAGAAAGGUUAAGGCAAAAUCGAUUGUCUUCCACCGAAAGAAGAACCUUCAGUACUACGACAUUUCUGCAAAAAGUAACUACAACUUUGAAAAGCCCUUCCUCUGGCUUGCUAGGAAACUGAUCGGAGACCCUAACUUGGAGUUUGUCGCCAUGCCUGCUCUUGCCCCGCCAGAGGUGGUCAUGGACCCAGCCUUGGCAGCACAGUAUGAGCAUGAUCUAGAGGUUGCUCAGACAACUGCUCUCCCGGAUGAAGAUGAUGACCUGUGAGAAAACAAAGCUGGAGCCCAGCGUCAGAAGUCUAGUUUUAUAGGCAACUGUCCUGUGAUGUCAGUGGUGCAGCGUGUUUGCCACUUUAUUAUAUAGCUAAGCAGAAUAUGUGCUUAAUCUUUGGGGUGCUGAAGGAGAUGAAUGGGCUUCGGAGUGAAUGUGGCAGUUAAAAAAAUAUACCUUCAUUUUUUGGACCUGCAUAUUUAGCUGUUUUGGAACACAGUUGUUUCCUUCUUGAGUUUCAAAUAUAAGACUGCUACAGUCGCAUCACAAUAUUCCGUGGUGAAAUCUUGUUUGUUACUGUCAUUCCCAUUCCUUUUCGUUUAGAAUCAGAAUAAAGUUGUAUUUCAAAUAUCUAAGCAAGUGAACUCAUCCCUUGUUUAAGUGAGCAUUUUAAAACCACUAAAUUGUGCCAUGUUACUAUUUUGGAUUGCCUUUGCUAUUACCAUUUAAUUUGAAGUUUAUUAGGUUAAGUACUUCUAAUUUCCUGUACAUCUGAAUCAUUUCACACAAGAUGACAGGUCAGCAGUAUUGUAUUCGAUAAGAGUUGUAAAUAUUGUCAAUGCAGUUAGGCUAAAAAAAUACCUACUCCACCUGCUUUUUGGCCUAUAGUGUUAGCUAGGGAAGAGCUUGUUUGGGAUUUAUGUGACCUGUGAAAAUAAAAGUGGUACAUGUUUUAGACAUUUCAAAUAGAUACCUUAAGAAUUAUAUAGUUGCUUUUAUGGCGGAAGUAACAAUGUUCUAAUGUAGAGCUUUUCAAAGUCCGCUGAAACCAUACAAAUGGUUUCAGAAACUGGAGGGAUGUCUCACCUGUUUAAAAUGAAUAUGAGUUGUGCAUUUACUUGCCUUUGUUUUAAUGUUACGUGUUUAAUGUAAAGUUGGUAUUCUAGGAUAUUCCUGUUUACCUGCUGCUUUCAAGUACUCCCAAGCUUUAAUGAUGUCAAAGAUUAAGGAUUUAAUUGAACAAACCACAGCUUUGAUGGGUUUUUUUUUUUUUCCCUCAGAAUUUUUGUGGGCAGUACAAGGACACAGCAGGCUACUGCUACAGAAAAAUAGAGCUUAGGAUGGCUUUUCUAAUGUGAAGCAGACUGCAAAACUUCUGUUCAGAUUCAAUGUUUAUCUUUGUAUGGUUUCCACAUGUAAAACAUGAAUUGGGUCUGUCUUGCUUGAGUUUGAUCACAUCGACCCCAUGCUGUAGCAAUUAGAAAUCUUAAAAAUAAGAGCUGUUUUGCUCAAGUAAGUACUACUGUACUAUAGUUCAAUUUACCAAAGUUUUAGAUGUCCACUUAAAUGAUUGCUUUCCUACCUAAAAAGGAUGUAGGGAAGGCUCUCUAUAAGUAUAUGGAAAAAUGAAACAAAGGGUGAAAUAUUGAAUGAAUAUAUCCAUAGAUUCACUUACAGAUUGAAUUGCUGUAUAUGCUAUGCUAUAUUCAGUUCAGAACCAGAUCUUAACAGAUGUGAAAGUUUCUUCCUAUGAUGGGGAUGAAACCCUUUCAUUCACAUAGUUAACAUGAGAAGUGUGUGCUGCUUGUAACCUUAUGUAGAAUGCAAGUGUGACAAAUAUUCUGAAUCUUAAAUGUAACAGUUAAAUCUUGGAAGCUACUUCACUUGCUGAAUGGGAAGGAGGUGGGAGAGAAUUUACAAGUCGUAUAUUGGAAGAAAAAAAUUGCUGCAAAAUACAUUGCUUUUACUUUGCCUGGA